GAAAAAUUAUAAGAAAUCACAGCGUCAGUUCUCUCUCAAGAACAAACACAGAAGAGGCCAUGGCGGAGCCGGAGCUCGCCCAGGACCGCUGAACCUAGAGAGAGACGAAAAAUCUCAUUAUUCCUUUCCUGCAAGAGCCAGUGAUACCAGUGAAGGGGAGGGGAAGAGUCAAGCGGAAGGCAAGAAAGUUCGAUCUCGUGGCUAUGGUGGAGAGGAGGUAUUGUCCCUGUGCCAGUCAUGGCGGCUUCUUGAUGCUUGUACUACUUUUCUUCUUGUUCUUGUUUCACCAUGCGCCCAUGGCUGCCGCCGCCGAUGCCCUGCCUCCCCUUACACUGGAGGAGGCGCUGGGCAUCUUGAUAAAUCUCUCGAGCGUCGUGGGUACCAACAGGUGGAACUCCAGCACAUCUGUAUGCAACUGGACUGGAGUUGCCUGCACGCGUUCUGGGUCCGGUUCUUCCUUGGAGGUGACCAACAUCACUUUGUCCAACUACAACAUCUCCAACCACUCCAUCUUUGCCUCCAUAUGCCGUAUUUACACCUUGCAGUCCCUUGACCUCUCAAGAAAUUCCUUUACCGAUUUGGGGGGCCUAUUCUCCACCUCUUCUUGCCGCAUGAAGGAACGACUGCUGUCCCUUAAUCUGAGCAGUAACAAGUUAUCUCAAAAGCUCAGUGAUUUGUCGGGUUUUCCACAGUUGGAGGUUCUUGAUUUGUCCUAUAAUCUUUUUCCUAGUGAAAAUUUGGGCGCAUAUUUGGGUUCUUUUCCCAGAUUGAGGAGCAUGAAUCUUAGCUCUAAUAAAUUGAAUGGUGAUAUUCCUCUCAGUAUGGCCGGCUCUUUGGCUGAGUUGGUGCUAUCUGGUAAUCAAUUCAGUGGUUCAAUUCCUCAAGCUUUGUUUGGUUAUGGAAAUCUCACGUUGCUGGAUCUCAGCCAGAAUGAUCUGAGUGGUGCCGUCCCAGAUGAGUUCAAGAGUCUCCCCAAGCUACAGACUUUGCUCCUUUCUGGAAAUACUUUGAGUGGCAAAAUACCAGUGAGUCUGAAUGUGACAAGGCUGACUCGGUUUGCAGCUAACCGGAACUUAUUCUCUGGUUCGAUCCCUACCUGGAUUACCAAGCAUGUCAGAAUGUUGGAUUUGAGUUAUAACAAUCUUAGUGGGAGUAUGCCAUCAGAUUUCCUCUCUCAUCCUGGGUUGCAGACUGUUGAUCUUACCAGUAACAUGCUUGAAGGGAGUAUUCCCAACAGCUUAUCUCGAAACCUCUUCCGGUUGAGGCUUGGUGGAAACAAGCUUGGUGGGAACAUACCAAACUCCAUUUGUGAUGGCAUGAGCUUGGCUUAUCUUGAGUUGGAUAACAAUCAGUUGAUGGGAAGUAUACCUUCACAACUUGCUAAAUGCAAACACUUGUCUUUGUUAAGUUUGGCUUCAAAUCAGUUACAGGGUCCAUUGCCUGAUGGAAUCAGUAACCUUGAAGAGCUAGUGGUUCUGAAGCUUCAAAACAACUCUCUCAACGGACAUAUCCCGAAUACAUUUUCUGCAAGCCUGAUCACAUUGAAUCUUAGUCAGAAUUCAUUCACUGGGCAGAUACCAAGCAGAGUUUUCGAGCUUCAGAAGCUUUCCACCUUGGAUUUGCAUGGCAACAAUAUCAGCAGUGGCAUUCCAAUUUCAAUCAGCUCAUCUAAGUCUCUAAUUGAGCUUAAUCUGGGGUAUAAUGCUCUGACUGGUACCAUCCCAACAAUGCCUACUACUUUAAGCACUUCUCUUAAUCUUAGUCACAACUAUCUUAGUGGAUCUAUUCCUUCAGAUCUUGGCUAUUUAAGUGAAUUAGAAAUUCUUGAUCUUUCAUACAACAAACUGUCUGGUAUGGUGCCAUCUUCACUGGGGAACAUGCAAAGCUUGACACAGCUGGUGCUUUCUUAUAAUAAUCUUUCUGGGUAUGUUCCUAGAUUCCGUCAAGAUGUGGAAAUUGGUAUUGAUGGGAAUCCUGAUCUUGUAAAUGGUACGGUAAGCAAUAAUGACACUCGUACUACUGGUAAGAGAAAAAUGCACAAUGUUGUCAUCAUCAUUUUCACUAUCGCUGGUGCACUUGUUGGAUUAUGUGUGCUUGCUGUUAUCACUAUGAUGUCGUUAUCAAAGAGAAUUUAUCGUGUCGAAGAUGAAGGAUUAUCAACUGGGGAAUCUGUAUCUCAGAUAAUCGAUGGGCACCUCAUAACUAUGAAUAGCAUCCACACCUCUGCAAUCGAGUUCAUGAAAGCAAUGGAAGCAGUCUGCAAUCACCAGAACAUCUUUUUGAAGACCAGAUUCUGCACCUACUACAAAGCUGUAAUGCCUAAUGGCUCAACAUACUCUGUCAAGAAGCUUAACUCAAGUGACAAGAUUUUCCAAAUUGGGAACCAGGAGAAGUUUGCUCGUGAAAUUGAGGUAUUAGGGAAACUGACAAAUUCCAAUGUCAUGGUUCCGUUGGCCUACAUCUUAACUGUAGAUUCUGCCUACCUAAUCUAUGAGCAUGCAUACAAGGGCACAGUGUCAGAUUUACUCCAUGGUGAAAAGUCAGAUGUUAUAGACUGGCCUUCACGGUAUAGCAUUGCUUUGGGGGUGGCCCAAGGGCUGACAUUUCUCCAUGGAUGUACUCAGCCAGUUUUGCUUCUUGAUCUGUCAACAAGGACCAUCCACUUGAAGUCAACAAAUGAGCCUCAGAUUGGAGAUAUCGAGCUCUACAAAAUUAUUGAUCCUUCCAGGAGUACUGGAAGCUUUUCGACCAUUGCUGGUACAGUUGGUUAUAUUCCACCAGAGUAUGCAUAUACUAUGAGGCUAACGAUGGCUGGCAAUGUUUAUAGCUUUGGAGUCAUUUUACUGGAGCUGUUGACAGGAAAACCUUCUGUCAGUGAUGGCGUUGAAUUAGCCAAGUGGGCUCUAGGUCUUUCAGCAAGGCCUGAUCAAAGGGACCAGAUUCUUGACGCCAGGAUAUCAGGAGCUUCAAUUGCUGUUCACAGCCAGAUGUUGUCAAUCCUGAACAUUGCUCUCUCCUGCGUUGCCUUCUCUCCAGAUGCCCGGCCAAAGAUGCGCAACGUUUUGAGGAUGCUCUUCAAUGUAAAGUGAAUCAGAAGCAGUAUCAUAGAUACUUUUUUGUGGAGUUUUAUCUUCGCUUAGUUUAUGGAUGCCAGUAAUCAGUAUACAGGCUGUUCUUGUAUAGUUCCAUAGAAGAUAGAACCGUCAACCGUAGCUCAUGGUAGAUCAUCAUAUGUUUGAUGAAUUGGGUAAUUAGAUGUCUGUUUGGAUCGUGUCACCAUAUUCCAUCUAUGCUGUAAUAUUGCAUAUAUGAUUAUAGGCAAAGUUUAAAAGGGCA